AUGCCGCCCCCACCGCCCCCAUCGCCCACGCCACCCCCGCCCCACCCCAUCCACUGCUGCGGAAAUGGCUUACCUAGUAGCUCAGAAGUGAAAUAUUUUCAAGUUUCCAAGACUCGUGAAGACAGGGGAGAGCGGGAGGGCGCCAGAGGGGGAGAGCGGGAGGGCGCCAGAGGGGGAGAGCGGGAGGGCGCCAGAGGGGGAGAGCGGGAGGGCGCCAGAGGGGGAGAGCGGGAGGGCGCCAGAGGGGGAGAGCGGGAGGGCGCCAGAGGGGGAGAGCGGGAGGGCGCCAGAGGGGGAGAGCGGGAGGGCGCCAGAGGGGGAGAGCGGGAGGGCGCCAGAGGGGGAGAGCGGGAGGGCGCCAGAGGGGGAGAGCGGGAGGGCGCCAGAGGGGGAGAGCGGGAGGGCGCCAGAGGGGGAGAGCGGGGAGGGCGCCAGAGGGGGAGAGCGGAGGGCGCCAGAGGGGGAGAGCGGGAGGGCGCCAGAGGGGGAGAGCGGGAGGGCGCCAGAGGGGGAGAGCGGGAGGGCGCCAGAGGGGGAGAGCGGGAGGGCGCCAGAGGGGGAGAGCGGGAGGGCGCCAGAGGGGGAGAGCGGGAGGGCGCCAGAGGGGGAGAGCGGGAGGCGCCAGAGGGGGAGAGCGGGAGGGCGCCAGAGGGGGAGAGCGGGAGGGCGCCAGAGGGGGAGAGCGGGAGGGCGCCAGAGGGGGAGAGCGGGAGGGCGCCAGAGGGGAGAGCGGGAGGGCGCCAGAGGGGGAGAGCGGGAGGGCGCAGAGGGGGAGAGCGGGAGGGCGCCAGAGGGGGAGAGCGGGAGGGCGCCAGAGGGGGAGAGCGGGAGGGCGCCAGAGGGGGAGAGCGGGAGGGCGCCAGAGGGGGAGAGCGGGAGGGCGCCAGAGGGGGAGAGCGGGAGGGCGCCAGAGGGGGAGAGCGGGAGGGCGCCAGAGGGGGAGAGCGGGGAGGGCGCCAGAGGGGGAGAAGGGGAGAGCGGGAGGGCGCCAGAGGGGGAGAGCGGGAGGGCGCCAGAGGGGGAGAGCGGGAGGGCGCCAGAGGGGGAGAGCGGGAGGGCGCCAGAGGGGGAGAGCGGGAGGGCGCCAGAGGGGGAGAGCGGGAGGGCGCCAGAGGGGGAGAGCGGGAGGGCGCCAGAGGGGGAGAGCGGGAGGGCGCCAGAGGGGGAGAGCGGGAGGGCGCCAGAGGGGGAGAGCGGGAGGGCGCCAGAGGGGGAGAGCGGGAGGGCGCCAGAGGGAGAGCGGGAGGGCGCCAGAGGGAGAGCGGGAGGGCGCCAGAGGGAGAGCGGGAGGGCGCCAGAGGGAGAGCUGGAGGGCGCCAGAGGGAGAGCGGGAGGGCGCCAGAGGGAGAGCGGGAGGGCGCCAGAGGGAGAGCGGGAGGGCGCCAGAGGGAGAGCGGGAGGGCGCCAGAGGGAGAGCGGUAG